AUGGGCACAGAGGGCACCUGUGCCUUCAGACCAGCCAGCGACCUCCGGACCUCCGUAGCUAUAGAGAUCAGGCGUGGCCGCCCAGAGACGGUGCCGCACCUGCGCAGAACUUCCUGGCCCAGCAACCAACGCGUCAGACCUGCCGGACGCUGGCGUGGACGGCAACAUCCGCACGGUGCAGAGGAGAGUCUGUGUGAUACAGUUAAGCAGGUUAACAUAAGACGCGUCUGUGAGAGGCUGGUGGUUGUCCUGGAGUCAGUACCCACUGGAAGUCGCGGCUCCCAGAAGGCUGCGUGGAUCCGGUUAGGGAAGCUUCUAGGUGUGGAGCGCCUGCCACAGGAGGGGCUCCAGUGGCAGUGGCAAACUUCAGCACAGUUCGGGGGACCGGCAUUCCUAGAGGAUGUGACAUUGACCUCAGCAGGGUUUUCAGUGGCAACAAUGGCACGAGCCACCAGCAGGAGCUUUUCGAGGACAUCAGGGACCCUGGACAUGUAUAUAAAAAUUUUGGCUCUGCGGCGUGGUCCUCGGAGACGCUCGGCCUUGCCCUGUGCCAGCCACGGCCGACUACCUGAGAGCAGUGGCACAUCCUACAUGCCAGACGAUAGACUCACUGCACAGCAGCUGUUCAACUGCACGGACAGUCUCACCUACAGCGACUUUCUCAUUCUCCCCGGGUACGUCGACUUCACUGCAGACCAAGUGGACCUGACCUCUGCUCUGACUAAAAGUACCACUCUGAAGACCCCACUGGUUUCCUCACCCAUGGACACAGUCACAGAGGCUGGGAUGGCCAUAGUAAUGGCGCUUACAGGCGGUAUUGGCUUCACCCACUACAACUGUACAUCAGAAUUCCAGGCCAAUGAAGUUCGUGAAGUGAAGAAAUAUGAGCAGGGAUUCAUCAUGGACCCUGUGGUCCUCAGUCCCAAGGAUCGAGUGUGGGAUGUCUUUGAAGCCAAGGCCCGGCAUGGCUUCUGUGGUAUCCCCAUCACUGACACAGGCCGGAUGGGGAGCCACCUGGUGGGCCUCAUCUCCUUAAGGGACAUUGAUUUUCUCAAGGAGGAGGAGCGUGACCGGUUUUUGGGAGCGAUCUUGAUGAAGAGGGAAGACUUGGUGGAAGCCCCUGCAGGCAUCACAUUGAAGGAAGCAAAUGAAAUUCUGCAGCACAGCGAGAAGGGAAAGUUACCCAUUGUAAAUGAAGAUGAUAAGCUGGUUGCCAUCAUUGCCCAGACAGUCCUGAAGAAAAACCGAGAUUACCCACUGGCCUCGAAAGAUGCCAAGAAGCAGCUGCUGUGUGGAGCAGCCAUCGGCACUCAGGAGGAUGACAAGUAUCAGCUGGACUUGCUAGUCCAGGCUGGUGUGGACGUGAUGGUUUUGGACUCUUCCCAGGGAAACUCCGUCUUCCAGAUCAACAUGAUCAAAUACAUCAAAGAGAAAUACCCCAGUCUCCAAGUCAUUGGAAGCAAUGUGGUCACAGCUGCUCAGGCCAAGAACCUCACUGGUGCUGGUGUAGAUGCCCUGAGGGUGGGAAUGGGCAGUGGCUCCAUCUGCAUCACUCAAGAAGUGCUGGCCUGUGGGCGGCCCCAAUCAACAGCAGCGUACAACGUGUGAGAAUAU